AUGAACAAGAUCUCUCAAUCAGUGGUCAAGUCCACUCGCCGUGGCAGCUUUCAAGAACUCAAGAAGGCAUCUCGAAAGGCAGUUGCCUUUGACCAAAGCGUCCUAGUCUUCGAGGUCGAUCAUAGCGUCACCGAAGAGGAACGCAAUGAUAUGUUCUACACCGAUGAAGAUAUGAGAUCCUUCAAGACAGAGAUCUGGAGAUUUCAAGAACUCGCUGAGAAUAGCUUUUCCCAGCAAAUGAUGUCUUCGCCAACAGCAUCUGCUGCUGAUGCCGACACUUGGUGCCCUGCCUGUUAUUCAGGCCUAGAAGGAUUCCUAAAUCCCGAGCACAAGAUGAAGCACCGACUCCAGGGUGUCUUGUCAGUUCUGAUGGAACAAGAUAGACAAUACAAGGAACAAGGCCUCUUCACCCCAGUCGAUUUUGAAUCCAUGUCUCAUUCUUACCACAUGGCAUCCAAAGAGAGCCAGGAGGAAGCUCACCAAAGAGCAUUGACUCACCGCAAGGUUGUAAGCAUGGCUGCUUAA